AUGACAGGGCUGAGUCUGAGGGAUUUAUCAGAGGCUGAUUUUGAAGACAGUGAAAUUAGCAUCAAUGUCGGAGGCUUUAAGAAAAAGAUGAGAUCCAACACACUGUUGAGAUUCCCUGAAACGAGGCUGGGUAAACUGCUGAGCUGCAAUUCAAAGGAGUCGAUUCUAGAGCUUUGUGAUGAUUACGACGACACUAAGAACGAGUUCUACUUUGACAGGAACCCUGAACUUUUCCCUUAUGUGUUGCAUUUUUAUAACACUGGAAAGCUGCAUGUGAUGGGUGAGCUCUGCGUGUUUUCCUUCAGUCAGGAAAUCGAAUAUUGGGGAAUCAAUGAAUUCUUUAUUGAUUCUUGCUGCAGUUACAGCUACCAUGGGAGGAAAAUGGAACCAGACCAAGAAAAAUGGGAAGAUCACAGUGAUCAGGAAAGUACCACCUCUUCCUUUGAUGAGAUCUUGGCCUUCUACAAUGAUGCUGCUAAGUUUGACAAGCAACCCUUUGGGAAAGUCAGGCGGCAGCUGUGGUUAGCUUUAGACAACCCUGGCUACUCUGUCUUGAGCCGAAUAUUCAGUGUCCUCUCCAUUGUGGUUGUUCUUGGAUCCAUAGUAACCAUGUGCCUCAACAGCCUCUCAGACUUUCAGAUUGUUAAUAGCAAUGGGAACUCUGAGGAAGACCCUCGAUUUGAAAUUGUGGAACAUUUCGGUAUUGCGUGGUUCACUUUUGAGCUGGUGGCAAGGUUUGCCGUGGCCCCAGACUUCUUGAAGUUUUUUAAGCAUGCACUCAAUCUAAUUGACCUAAUGUCCAUCCUUCCAUUUUACAUCACUUUAAUUGUUAACUUGGUGGUGGAAAGUAGCCCUGCUUUAGCUAAUUUGGGUAGAGUAGCCCAAGUGCUGAGACUGAUGAGGAUAUUCCGUAUCUUAAAACUUGCACGGCACUCAACAGGCCUUAGAUCUCUUGGAGCCACCCUCAAGUAUAGUUACAAGGAGGUAGGGCUUCUCCUGCUAUACCUGUCUGUUGGAAUCUCUAUAUUCUCUGUAGUGGCUUACACAAUUGAAAAAGAGGAAAACAGGGCCCUGGAGACCAUCCCUGCUUGCUGGUGGUGGGCUACAGUUAGCAUGACCACAGUUGGUUAUGGAGAUGUUGUCCCAGUGACCACGGCAGGCAGGCUGACAGCUUCUGCAUGCAUCCUUGCUGGCAUCUUGGUAGUGGUCCUCCCUAUCACACUCAUUUUCAACAAGUUCUCCCACUUUUACAGGCGCCAAAAGCAGCUAGAAAGUGCCAUGAGGAGCUGUGAUUUUGGGGAUGGGAUGAAAGUUGUCCCUUCAGUCAACUUAAGGGACUACUAUGCCUACAAAGUUAAAUCUCUUAUGGCCAGUCUCACAAACAUGAGCAGGAGCACCCCAAGUGAACUAAGUCUGAAUGAUUCACUGCAUUAG